AUGGCAGAAAACAAAUCCUCUUUUCACCCUGCUUUCACCGUCAAUAAUAUCCUCACAUCUAUUCCUAUUGUUCUUGAAAUGGAGAACGUUUCUUACUCUACAUGGGCAGAACUUUUCAAGAUUCACGCAAAAAAACACAAGGUCCUCGAUCAUAUUAUCCCCCCUUCCGCCGGCAAGGGUAAGGUUCCUUCAACUGAUGAAGAGAAGGAACUUUGGGCGACCUUGGAUGCCACGGUUAUAUCGUGGAUUUAUUCUACAAUUUCUAGGGACCUAUUGCAAACCAUAAUCGAGCCCGAUGCCGCGGCCAUGGAAGCUUGGGAUAGAUUGCGUGAUAUAUUCCAAGACAAUCAACAUUCCCGUGUCGUUGCUCUAGAACAAGAGUUCUCUUCCACUGCUAUGGAAGACUUUCCGAAUGCCUCUGCAUAUUGCCAGCGUCUUAAGACCUUGCGGAUCAAUUAA